AUGUGGGGCUUUUUCAACGAAGUGCGCGCAGCGGUUCGCCAGACGAUUGCUCCUACUGCCGGCACCAACGGAGAAGAGCAAAAACAAGGGGAACGUCAACAGCCCCCACCGCCACUCCCUAAAUUGACAGAGAUUGGUGACAGACUCAGUGAAUGGUGGGACAUACUUAGUGUGGCAGCUUCGACAGCUGUGCAGAACGCCAUGGGUGACUCUACCAGCGAUGGGAGUAAUGAGCCACCGCCCCCUCUCUUGCGCCUGAGCGUGGAGGAGCGCGCUGGAUUGCCUUCUGAUGAGUUGUUUCGUGGUCUCACGGAGGCGGUCAGCAUUAUCGCUGCGCGGUCAAAUGAAGCCCACAAGGAGGCGCGCUUCCUCCUCAGCUUAAGCUUGGAGGAGCAAAUUGCACACACAAGUGACUUUCUCAACUGCUACCAAUGGUGGGAGAAGCUAGUCAACAAACGCCUUGCAAUAUGUCAGGAAAUUGUUGAAGAAUACAAACGUCUACCGGAAAGAGAACCCGAUAGUACAAUACUCCUCCUCACUCAACGUAUACACGGCAUACGGGCAAAAUGCUUGGAGGAUAUGGCCAACAUCGCUGCCAGAGGACGAUUACUGCGCGAGGAGCGAUACGACUUUCUCAAUCUCCCAAACUCUGGCGGCAGGGAGCCAGCGGAUUCCGCACAUAAACAGGCUCCGGCACUGCACCCACAAACAGCAGCAAGUAAAAUCAAACCCACGGAAGCGAAGAAGGAAGACAAACAUGAUACAAAACGAGAAAAUGACUACAGCGAUAGUCAUUCAACCAUACAACUGGAGGUUCAAGACAAAGCACAAAAACUAAAUGAAGAUACAUCACCCCAUUUACAUGACGGCCAAAUCCGCCGUCAGGCCGGGGAAGAGGCAAGGCACCUAGUUGAAGAAGAGGCACGGCUCUUAGCUGAGGAGGAGGCACGCCGUAAGGCUCAGGAAGAGGCACGCCGUCACGCUGAGGAAGAGGCAAGGCUCCUGGCUGAGGAGGAGGCACGCCGUCAGGCUGAGGAGGAGGCACGCCGUCAGGCUGAGGAGGAGGCACGCCGUCAGGCUCAGGAAGAGGCACGCCGUCAGGCUCAGGAGGAGGCACGCCGUCAGGCUGAGGAGGAGGCACGCCGUCAGGCUGCGGAAAAGGCAAGGCUCUUAGCUGAGGAAGAGGCACGCCGCCAGACUGAGGAGGAAGCACGCCACCAGGCUGAGGAGGAAGCACGCCACCAGGCUGAGAAAGAGGCAAGGCGUUUUGCCGAAAAUUCUAAAUGCCAGAAACGUAGUUCUAGUAUUGCUCUUUCGCCUGAUGUGUUGUCUUCACUGGAGCACGAUGGGAGUGUUCAGAGGAUCGCUAUUGUGCGAGCACAGCAAGAUGCUUACCUGACUUUGGCGCGUGAUUUUGUGCUUGCGACGCGUUUGGUUGAGCAGGGUAUGACUGAAAAGGCUUCCAGCAGGGUGAGUGACGCGGACGGCUGGGGGGAUGAUGAGUUUGAAGAGGUUGAGGUGCACUAUACGAAUCCUUCGCCUUCUCGGCCCUCAACUUCACGUGCAGUGUCUCGUGUUCAAUUGGAGGAGAACGAUAAUGAUGAGGAGUGGGGUGAUUGGUAG